AUCCAAUCGUGGAUGAUCUGGGGAUACUACAUUUCUCCUAUAAUGUACGGUCAAAAUGCAGUCGUCAUAAAUGAAUUUCUUGAUGAUAGAUGGAGUAUGCCGAAUGUGGACCCUCGGAUUAACGAAAGUACGGUUGGGAAAGCAAUUCUCAAAUCCAGAGGUUUCUUUACUGAUGAAAGUUGGUACUGGAUUUGCGUUGCAGCACUCUUCGGGUUUUCCGUGCUGUUCAAUGUUUGCUUCAUUGCAGCACUGAGUUACUUGAACCCAUUUGCUGACUUGAAAGCUGUUAUUCAAGAAGAAGAUGCAGAGAAGGAAGAGAGGACAAAAGGUAUGGACAUGGCCAUGAGAAGUUUAUCAGCAAAUGGUGGUUCUAACUCGACUAAAAGAGGAAUGGUUUUGCCCUUCCGACCCCUUUCGCUAGCAUUCAACCAUGUGAACUAUUACGUAGAUAUGCCUGCUGAAAUGAAGACACAGGGGGUUCCAGAAACUCGGCUCCAACUGUUACGAGAUGUCAGCGGAGCUUUUCAACCAGGAAUACUAACAGCACUAGUAGGUGUAAGUGGGGCAGGGAAGACCACAUUAAUGGAUGUCUUGGCUGGAAGGAAGACCGGUGGGUAUGUAGAAGGAAGUAUCAACAUUUCUGGUUACCCCAAAAACCAAUCAACAUUCGCUCGCGUCAGUGGCUAUUGUGAACAGAACGACAUCCAUUCUCCUUAUGUCACUGUGUACGAGUCUCUCAUUUACUCGGCUUGGCUUCGACUUCCUCAAGAUAUCGACUCGAAAACAAGACAGAUGUUUGUAGAAGAAGUGAUGGAUUUGGUCGAGUUAAAUCCAAUAAGAGACGCCUUAGUUGGACUUCCGGGAGUAGAUGGUCUAUCAACAGAACAGAGAAAGAGGCUGACAAUUGCGGUGGAGUUGGUCGCUAAUCCCUCCAUCAUAUUCAUGGACGAGCCAACCUCUGGCCUCGAUGCUAGAGCUGCUGCCAUUGUCAUGCGUACCGUGAGAAACACAGUCGAUACUGGCCGAACCGUCGUCUGCACGAUUCACCAGCCGAGUAUCGACAUUUUCGAAGCAUUCGAUGAGCUAAUGCUGAUGAAAAGAGGUGGUCAAGUCAUCUACGUUGGAUCUCUGGGCCACCUUUCUCAUAAGCUCGUCGAGUAUUUCGAGGCUGUCCCGGGAGUUCCUGGUAUCAAAGAUGGAUACAAUCCCGCCACAUGGAUGCUCGAAGUGAGUUCACCAUCAAUGGAACUGCAGCUAGAUGUAGACUUUGCCCACAUUUAUGCAAAUUCCUCCCUAUAUCAGCGGAAUCAAGAACUUAUUAAGGAGCUCAACACACCAUCACCGGGGUCGAAGGAUCUCUUCUUCCCGACGCAGUACUCACAGUCCUUCACAACUCAGUACAAGGCUUGUUUCUGGAAACAGAACUGGUCUUACUGGAGGAACCCUCGUUACAACGCUGUUCGCUUCGCCUUGACAUUUCUCGUAGGCCUCCUGUUUGGCCUCAUCUUCUGGAAGAGAGGCCAGAAGACGGAGAAACUGCAAGACCUGAUGAACAUCUUGGGAGCCAUUUACUCGGCGGUUCUCUUCCUCGGACUUACCAUUGCUUCCUCCGUGCAGCCCGUUGUCUCCGUCGAGAGAACAGUCUUCUACCGCGAACGAGCAGCCGGGAUGUAUUCUGCUCUGCCUUACGCAUUCGCCCAGGUGUCUAUAGAAGCGAUCUACGUUUUCGUCCAGACGGCGAUCUACCACGUCGUCCUCUACUCCCUGGUCGGGUUCGAAUGGCAGGUCGGCAAGUUCCUGCUCUUCUUCUACUACAUCUACAUGGCGUUCGUCUACUUCACGCUCUUCGGGAUGAUGCUCAUCGCGCUUACACCGGGACACCAGAUCGCCGCCAUUUCCAUGUCCUUCUUCUUGUCGUUCUGGAACUUGUUCGCCGGCUUCCUCAUUCCCCGGACGGUCCUUCGUGAGGUACCAGAAAGCUCAAGCAUGGUAGGCGACACGAGUACUGAGGUCUUGGACGAACAGGAGAAAAUUGCGGUAUUGCCUGACACCAGAGAGAAAACUGACAAGAGAACCGUUCCUCCACCUGGUGCUGGGCAGAGAAUAUAUGACAUUGAUCCAAUUUUGUCUAGUUUCCGUCAGCAUCUUGAUUACAGAUAUUCACAGUACAAAAGAAUGCGUGCGGACAUUGACAAGUUUGAAGGUGGUUUAGAGAAAUUUUCACGUGGCUAUGAGAAGUUUGGGUUUAUACGCAGUGAGACAGGGAUAACAUAUAGAGAAUGGGCACCGGGAGCAACAAGGGCAGCAUUAAUAGGAGAUUUCAACAACUGGAAUCCCAAUGCAGAUGUCAUGGCUAGGGAUGAGUUUGGUGUCUGGGAGAUCUUUUUGCCCAACAAUGCAGAUGGUUCAUCGCCAAUUCCCCAUGGUUCAAGGGUGAAGAUACGAAUGGAUACUCCAUCUGGCUUGAAGGAUUCUAUUCCUGCUUGGAUUAAGUUUGCUGUACAAGCUCCUGGCGAAAUCCCAUACAACGGCAUCUACUAUGACCCACCAGAAGAGGAGAAGUAUGUAUUCAAGCAUCCACAACCAAAAAAACCAAAAUCACUGAGGAUUUACGAGUCACAUGUUGGGAUGAGCAGUACGGAACCAAAGAUCAACACAUAUGCUAACUUCAGAGAUGAAAUGCUGCCCCGCAUCAAGAAACUUGGCUAUAAUGCUGUUCAAAUCAUGGCUAUUCAGGAGCACUCAUAUUAUGCCAGCUUCGGCUACCAUGUCACGAACUUUUUUGCGCCUAGCAGUCGUUUUGGGACACCAGAUGAUUUGAAGUCUCUGAUAGAUAAAGCUCACGAACUAGGUCUACUAGUUCUCAUGGAUAUUGUUCACAGCCAUGCAUCAAAUAACACGUUGGAUGGGCUGAAUAUGUUUGAUGGGACUGAUUCCCACUACUUCCACUCUGGAUCACGGGGACAUCAUUGGAUGUGGGACUCUCGUCUUUUCAACUAUGGAAGCUGGGAGGUUGUUAGAUACCUUCUGUCAAAUGCACGUUGGUGGCUGGAUGAGUUUAAAUUUGAUGGGUUCAGAUUUGAUGGUGUUACUUCAAUGAUGUACACUCAUCAUGGAUUGCAGAUGACUUUUACAGGAAACUACAACGAGUACUUUGGAUUUGCAACGGAUGUAGAUGCUGUCGUCUAUCUGAUGCUUGUUAAUGAUAUGAUUCAUGGUCUUUUCCCUGAGGCCGUCUCCAUUGGCGAAGAUGUUAGUGGAAUGCCUACAUUUUGCGUUCCUAUCCAAGAUGGUGGAGUAGGAUUCGAUUACCGUCUUCACAUGGCCAUUGCUGAUAAAUGGAUCGAACUUCUACAGAAGAGAGAUGAAGACUGGAGAAUGGGCGAUAUCAUUCACACUUUGACAAAUAGAAGGUGGUUGGAAAAAUGUAUCUCAUACGCAGAAAGUCAUGAUCAAGCACUUGUUGGCGACAAGACUAUUGCCUUCUGGUUGAUGGACAAGGAUAUGUAUGACUUCAUGGCUCUUGACCGGCCAGCCACUCCUCUCAUAGAUCGGGGCAUAGCAUUGCACAAAAUGAUCAGGCUUAUCACCAUGGCAUUGGGGGGUGAAGGAUAUUUGAAUUUCAUGGGAAAUGAAUUCGGACAUCCUGAGUGGAUUGAUUUCCCACGAGGUGAUCAACAUCUUCCCAAUGGCAAAGUUGUUCCAGGGAACAACAACAGUUUUGAUAAAUGCCGACGCAGAUUUGAUCUGGGGGAUGCAGAAUAUCUAAGAUACCAUGGGUUGCAAGAAUUUGAUAGGGCAAUGCAUCACCUUGAAGGAACCUAUGGCUUCAUGACUGACAUUCACCAGUACAUAUCGAGGAAAGACGAAGGUGAUAGGGUGAUCGUGUUUGAGAGAGGGAACCUUGUGUUCGUCUUCAACUUCCACUGGAACAACAGCUACUCCGACUACAGAAUUGGCUGCCACAAGUCUGGAAAGUACAAGAUUGUUUUGGACUCGGAUGAUGCACUCUUCGGAGGCUUCGACAGGCUUGAUCACAACGCCGAAUACUUUACCUUCGAAGGUUGGUACGAUGACAGGCCUCGAUCCAUCAUGGUGUACGCCCCAGCAAGAACAGCAGUAGUAUACGCUUUGGUGGAGGAUAAACCUGAAUCCGCUCCCUUGAAGAUCGAAACAACCUCCACAUUGGUUGACGACAAUGAACCAGAACCAGAACCAGAAGAUGCACCCGAGGCAGCAGCAGAGGAUGAUGCUGCAUCAGAGCUCGUCCAGAGCUAAGAAUCAUCGUCACUCUGAUCUCGAUGGCACAACAGCUGCAUGGAAACCCUCAGAUACAGUCGCAGCUGCAAAAUGCCAUUCCAUUUCUCUUGGAAGUCUAGCUCUCCAAGCAGUUCAUUCAUCCAGAGAUGACGUGAUAACUGAACCGAACACAAGGCAAAGACGCAGAGAAGGGAGGGGUGGACGUCUUUGGCUUCAUGGUUGGUAUGGGGUGAAGCUGUCAUUCUGCUUCAAGUGGCCACGUCUAGUAAGGUAGAGGCGUAAGUUAUGAUGUUAGUAAUCAAUUCUAUUAUCAUUAGUCUAUUGUACAGCGAAAUGCCUCAUAAAAGUCAUAAUACUACUGCGCCUUGCCAUGUAGUAGAUCAUAAUAAUGUCUUAUUCUGCCACCUUCCUUCCCAAGUUAAUAAGAUGACAUAGCUUGUACCAAGUUACCGUCCGAUAAUGUUACAUACUUACAUACAGCUUUCUCACCUCAGGGGUCAUCCGAUAAAAUUGCAACGACUGUCAUCGAACAAAGGCAAUUUACUGUAAAUACUAGAGGCACACUCGUACGAAUAAAAUGAAACGAAUCCACUAACAUCUCAUACAAAAGAACACAAAUCGAAGCACGAAGAAGAGGCAAUUAUUAAACGAUGUCGUAUACACAGAUUUCCAAAGCAGGAGAGAAAUCAAAUGGCUGUUUUUCUAAGCGCUGACGAAGCUAGUCUCAGUAGCAGUGCCGCGAGGAAUCUGGCUUAGAACACUUGUAGGAGACGAAUUCGACGCUGAAGAGGACGAUCUCAGGGCCUCAGCCAGCGGCCCACCCAUAUGGUUCCCAGCCCAUCCCGUGGCCCAGUUCAUUUGGGCUCGGGCCCUUUCACUCUCUCCAUCCUCCCCUGCCCCGCUGUCGUUCCCGGUAGCCAGCUUCAACGACACGUCGGAAGCCGCCGGCGCCGGCAUUGAUAUCGACAGGCAGGGAGCCGAUUCCGGCGCCGUUAUCCUCCGACUCUCUCGGCCAGUCGUCGAAGAAAUGUCUCAGGACGUGGCCGCCGUCUGAUCUGUUGUUGCCGGCCUCAGUCCCCGAUCUUUGACUCAGAUGGAGUAGAUCAGCUGAAGGGAAAGACCCCCCUCUUCCUCCGCCGAUUCCACUAGCUAGAGGUACCGCCAGCGGCGGGCGAGCAGAGCUACCGCCAAAUGGGACGGCGGUGGAGGAGUUGAAACAAGUACCAGCACCAAGAGAGGAGGGGACAGCGGCGGUGGUAACUUCCACAGGCUUUCUUGAACGGUUGCGGCCGCGAUGGACGUGGCGCUCGCAGUACUUCUGGCCAGCCACCACGUCUCUAGAGCACCGCCAUUUCUUGCCGUCGGUUCUCCGGCACCGCCCCGGCUCCGGAUCCAUGGCUGCCUUUCCCCAAUAUCCCCCUUGCAACAAGGCAGAAGGCUGAUAGGGAUUGGAGUAAUGCUGAAGGAAAAAGGAAGCAGGGGAAGCAGAGGAAGAGUGAAGGAGAAGGCUCUUCUUGAUUGGGUUGAGGAGUUCAGCAGGUAUAACAGAUCCAGCCAACAUGUAUCUGUAGAUCAAAGCUUGAAGCUCCAGCUCCUGCCACUGCGCCAAGCUGAAGUAACUUCCCAUCCUUGUGGGAACUGCUGACAGAUUGCUGUAGCUGAGGUUGCUGGUGAGCUUGGUAGUUGAAUCAGCUGAAGGUACAAACAAAGGGAGAGGAGUAGUAGUAGAAGGAGGAGGAUGGUGGUCAGAAGCAGCAGAAGGAGGAGGAGAGGGAUCCAAUAGGAGUUUUGGAAUCUUGGUGGAUGGCUGUUGUUGUUCUUCUUCUUCCAUUUCUGACUCAUGUUGGUUCCUCCAUUGCUUCAGAUGGAAGUCCAUUGACAGACACAGAGAGAGAGAGAGAGAGAGAGAGAGAGGGAGCGAGGAAGGG